AUGAAUUCAAGGUGUCAAAUAGAUUUAAUUGACAUGCAGGCCCAGCCUGAUGGUAAUUAUAAGUUUAUUUUAGUCUAUCAAGACCAUUUAACUAAAUUUGUAAACUUGCGUCCUUUAUCUAAUAAACGUGCUGAGGAAGUUGCUUAUGUUUUACUGGAUAUAUUUACAACUUUUGGUGCUCCAGCUAUAUUGCAAAGCAAUAAUGGUAGAGAAUUUUCAAACAAGAUAGUAGAAAAAUUAUGUAGUAUGUGGAAAGAUUUAAAAAUAGUACAUGGUAAGCCUCGCCAUUCUCAAAGUCAAGGUUCAAAGCCAAGACAUAGAGAAUAUGUUAGGAACGUGGUUGCAAGACAAUAA